CUUUCAUUGGAAAACCCAAUACCACGAUCUACAACUCGAGAGAAAUAGCUUCACAAUGGUCUUCCUCCUGGAUUACUUCCAACAUAAACGUGACUGCAAUUUCAAGCAAGCAGAACGUAGCCAGAGAAUACAGGACUUGAAAAGUUACCAUGGAGCUUUUACUAGUCCGGAAAGACAUGUCCUCUCAAAGCCCAUCGAGGAGUUAGUUCAAGAUGUACACAAGCAAAUCGUACAACCUAUUGAUAUUCUCCGUGCCUACGGCAAAGCGGCACUCAAAGCCCAUUCCAAAACGAAUGCCGUGACGGAAGUGAUGAUUUCCGCUGCUGAAGGCUGGACUUCAGAUGGAAGUAUCAAUUUCAAAGGUCCUCUGGCAGGCAUCCCUAUCAGUCUGAAAGACUCGAUUGUCGUUGGUGGUUUUGAUACUACUGUCGGGUACAGUUCAAAUGUAGGAAACAAGGGAGAGAAGGAUGGGGCGAUGGUCAAGAUUUUGAAGGAUGCGGGUGCUAUCCCGUAUGUUAAGACGAACUUACCGAUCACGUUAUUGAGUUUCGAGAGUACGAAUGAUGUUUGGGGUCGUUGUAUGAACCCACACAACAAUAAGUACUCACCUGGUGGUUCGACUGGUGGAGAAAGUGCUUUAUUGGCUGCUGGAGGUGGGAGAAUUGGUAUUGGAUCUGAUGUUGCAGGUAGUGUGAGAGUACCUGCUCAUUUCUCUGGCAUUUACAGUCUGAGAUGUUCGACUGGACGAUGGCCGAAGAAUGGAAUGGUGACUAGCAUGCCUGGUCAGGAGGGCAUCCCAAGCGUUUUUUCACCAAUGACAAGAACACUAGAAGAUCUCUCCUAUUUCACGAAAUCCAUGAUCAGCAUGAAGCCAUGGAAGUAUGACCACUCGGUCCACCCCAUUCCAUGGAGGGAAGAUAUUGCCAAGGAGUUUACUGAAAAGAAGAAAUUCCGAGUAGGUGUCCUCCGAACCGAUGGAGUAGUAGAUCCCAGUCCAGCAUGUGCGAGAGCACUUGAGGAAGUUGUUGCAGUGUUGAACAACGAAGGUCACGAAGUAAUCGAUGUCAAUCCACCAUCGCCAUACGAAGCUCUCUACCUCGCCUCUCAACUCCUCAAUGCAGAUGGCUGCAAAACUUUCAAGUCAUUCUUCCGGACUGGAGAAUGGGAAGAUUCAGGCGCGAAACAGAUGAGCUGGCUCAUGUCCUUGCCUUCUCCUUUCAAAUACGUGUAUUAUCUCUGGGUCAAGUAUGUGCGUCGAGAUGAUGUCUGGGCUGGCCUAAUUGCAGACUGGAAGGAGAAGAGUGCUUAUGAACAGUGGAAAUUGGUCGCGAAGAGAGAGAGUUAUAAGGCGAGGUGGCAUGAUUGGUGGGAGCAGGAGGCCAAGGUUGAUGUUUUGAUUACUCCCCCGAAUGCUACGCCUGCCGUCCCGCAUGACGGCAUGCAUGAUGCUGUCAGUAGUUGUGGGUAUACGUUUUUGUUCAAUUUGCUUGAUUAUACAUGCGGUGUUAUGCCAAUUACGCAUGUGGACAAAGCACUCGACCAGCUUCCGCCAGAUUUCUCCCUCAAGAAACUCAAUGGUGUCGCACAAGGCGCGUACAAGCAUUAUGAUGCAACGGCUAUGCAUGGUCUUCCUGUUGCGGUGCAGGUUGUGGGACAGAGACUCGAAGAGGAGAAGGUAUUGGCUGUUAUGACGAGGAUCGAGAAGGCGUUCGGGGAUGCUAAAUACCAGCUGUUGGAGAUUGACUGACGGUAUAAUUAUUCGGGGAGUAUAAUAAUUGGGAUUGUUGAAAGCUGCGUGUAGCCUAAAAGUAUGUAUCUGGUAGAUGUCAACAGUCUAUCGAAGCGACAUUGAAAUGUCAUCGUUAUCUCGAAAGACCCGACUCACAAGCCUAGUUUAUCUGCUUCACUUGACAAGUAUGCACGCUUCUCAAAAUAUCUCCAUAUAUUACUGAAGUUAGGAUAGAGCAUUAGUAUGUAUUAGUUAAGACCGUCGAUUCCUUCGA